ACUUAGUCUAACCUUUUCUUGGUGUGUUACUUCAGUACAUCUCAGGAAGCUCAGACUAAUACUUCUCAGAAUUUAAGUAUCUGGGUAGUAUUUGUAUGCUUUUGACUUCGAUGGAAAGUCAAAUCAGAAGUUGUUCAGUAUCUUACAGUGGAAGUGGGCAGGAUUUUAUAUUACCCCUGUGAAUCAUUUUUAUAACACUUGUUUUUUUCAUAAUGAUAAAAUUUGUGUUCAUCUUCAGUCUUGUAAACUCUGUUGCAUACCAUCUUUUUCAUAAAUGAAAAUGUUUCAGAUGUGGUUUAUUAAUUUCAGUGCAGCAAUUCCCAAGUCCAGUGGUUGAGGCAGUUACCAAGUGAGAGUACAAGACGCAGAGGAGCUAAACUGAAUUUAAUGUUUAUGACAGCAUUUGGGGUUUGGUGAAAUUUACCUCUUUCUAAUUAUGAAGGUCUGAAAGUUGAUACUCCUCCACAAAACUAUGCAGAAGAGGGCUGUUCUCAUGCAAAUCUUUAUAGCUGUGUUGGAUUGUGGGUUUUUUGGUUUUGUGGCUUUGUUUUGGGUUGGGUUCUUUUCAUUUUUUUUUUUUUCUUUCAGGUGUUAAUCAGAACUUCUUUUUAAAUGCCUUCCACAAAUUGUAUGAAGUGCUGCAGUUGUGUGACUGAUACGUGCUAUGGGUGGUUUUGUUUUAGUGUCUUUUGAUAGACUACUUACAUAACUUGAAAUAUUUAACUCUUUGGUGUUUAUGGGGUUUUGUUGGUUUUUGGUUUUGGAGUUUGUUUGUUUGUUUUUUUGUUGUUGUUUUUUAAAUCCUUUCCGACAACCUGUGAAAUAUUUCAGAAUAAGCUAAAGGUGCAUAAGUACACAAGCAGUUUAAACUAAAAAUAGCUAGCGUUCCAUUAAUACCCUAUGUUUCACCAACACUAACAAAUCCAAUUUCACUAAAUAAAUGACACUGGUGCUGUCAUUUCGACACGCAAAAUAAUUUUGCCUCCAUGUACUUGAUAGCCACCUCUUAGAAUAUCUAAAGCAAAUUUACAGUUGAGAUCAGUUAAUGAGGGAGUGUGGGAGUAGAUUUAUUUGAAAUCCUCUGAACUUAACUGCUCAUUUCUUUGCUCUUUAAUGAUAAAGCAGAUCUGUGGUUUGAAGCGGUUUGGGGAUGUUAUGGUGACAAGGUAGAUGAGCUACCUUAAAGCUGCAGAGGGGUCAGCUAACAUUUCUACCCUCUAGGUUUAGCAUUGCUUAGAAAUGACAUCAGAAAUCUCCUACUGAAAAUGCUGAAGAAACUUGAUACCUGGAUAUUGAAGCACUUCAGAGAUUGAAUGUUUGUCCUAAGUGUUCAAAGGACAUAAAUUAAUAAUGAUUUAGUACUAUAUUUUAUCAUUGUGAGUUGUUAAUGCUUUACAUAACAAUUCAAAAAUUGCCAUAAAGAAUUUGUCAAAAAUCCUUGCUGUUCAAUGUUGUUCAAUCCUUUCGAUGACUUAUCUCCACCUUGCCAUACCUGGUAGAAUUCUAUAUGCUGUAUUUCUUCUUGAGGAUGUUUAAGCCGAAAUAGAUUAUUUGUUCCUCGAUUCUUUGGUGGAAAGCUUUACCUUAUGGCUGUCUGGUGGCACUCUGUUUUACUGUGGCAGCAAGCUGUCAAGCUUGGUGUGGUUUAUCUGUUCUCCCAGGCUGUGUUGUGUUCUUAGGCAUUUGGAAAUUGAAGUGAACUGAAAUGGCUAUGCUAGAUUAUUCAGUUUAAUCACUUGGUACAGCUGGUUUGCUGUUCGUGUUUCCAUGUGAGAACGUGAGGUUAGUUUUAGUAUCUGAAUGAGUUAUUUCAGUGCAUCGUGUACUGCAUGCAUAUGUCUUCUCUUGAAAUGGCUUGUUUCACAAUAAUCAUGUGAAUAAAGUGAAGAAUAAAAUGGCAGUGUUUCCAGUACCUUCAUAAGGUUCAAGGGAAAAGCUUCUCGGUGCAUUUCCCAGCCAAACUGAAUUGCUCUGUCAGCAUCAAGUGUAAAGUAACAGCAUCAGGAGGAAGGGUGCUGGGAAUGCUGGUGCUCUUGGGCUUUGGCCUGGAGCAAGCAGCUUUUGAGGUGGGCAGAGACCUCUGUGUCUCCUCUGCCAGUGUCUGGGCAGUCAGAGCCUGGCUUAGGAGUGCAUAGCAGCUGCCCAUCUUCCCCCGCAGCUACCAGAAGGACACUCAUGCUUCAAAGACCCCACGUGCUUUUGGUCAGCUCUAACCUGCUGCCAUCUGAGGUGUAGCUUUACGCUGGGUAUGACAAACAUCCAAGAUGCAAAGGUUUCUUGAUUUUUUUUUUUUAAUUUUUUUUAAGUUAAAUAUAAUAUUUUUGUGUUCCAAUCAUCUAGAGGCCUAUCUCUUUUUUUUUUUUCGUACAUGAGAUAAACCGUUUUGAUUUUAUUUAAUUGAUUGAAUGUGAGGAAUUCCUAACUGCUGGUUUGGGCUGAGGCAGUGUGAACUGUGAAUGAAGGAUCAUAUUGGUUUGUGAUAGCUGCCAAGUGUUCUAAACUACAUUUUUCCCCUCGCUGCUGCUAGGACUUUUGAACUCCUUGUGGGCAGUUCCUUAGAAGUAAAUAACCCCACUGCUGUUCUUGCUGCACACAGCACUUUUUCAGCUGUACAACCUUGACUGAAAGUCUCACUUUUGUCAAUAUGGGAUUAAAGAAAGGAAGAUAUCUCAUUGGAAAAAGUGGAGUGAAGCAGCGGGGGGAGGGGAGGAAGGGGUGAGGAAUGAGAGAAAUAAAAUAAAUGUGCUGUAGGAGCUACCUGUGUGUACAGUGUGUUAAUUCCUUCCCCUGGUUGGUGCUGCAGGAGCAGGGCUGGCAGUGGAGGGACCGGGUCCCCUCGUGCUGCUCUCGGUGGCACUGGUGGUGACCAGCAGUGCUGUGCCGUGCUCAAGUUUGUCCUUCCUGAUGUUAAAAUGGGGGGCAAAGGAGACAGGAAGGCAAUGCCAAAAAGAUGAAGAAGACUGACAAGUAAGGAGAGAAAUCUAAGGCCUAGCUUUAGGUGUGCAUUUAAAAGUCAAUGAGGCAAACUACUGGCAUCAGGUUUCUAAAAUUAUUUCAGAUGGCUGUCUUGCUCUUUGAAAGCUCUUCUUGUAGCAGAUUUUUGAGUUUUUUUCAUUGAAGUUUAGUACAGGGAACAUUAGAGUUCUUUAUUAAGCCUGCUUCUCAUAUUGAGUUAUUGCCCUGUCAGCCAGUGCAUUAGGUUCUGGAAAAAUACAUAGUAAACCCCACUGCCUAAUUGAUGUGCUGCUUGGAAGCUAUAGAUAGUUUGUCUAGGAACUGCUUCCAGUCCUACCAGCGGUAUCCAUGGCACUGGUAAGAAAGCAUUUCUAGGCAGUUUUUAUAGGCUUUAUUUGUUAGCUUUCUUUCGACUUUAAAAGAAUGCCCAUACGCUAUUCUGAGAUUUUAAAGAAAAUGCAAAGAGAAGUUUAAAUGUCUCUGUGGGCUAUGCAGCUGCCAUUCUGUAUAUGACGAGUGACAGGCUUCACCAGAACUCCUGCUUCUGAAGGCAGGAGACCAUGAUUCUAAAGCACACUGUAGUGAUGUUAUUUAUAUCCUGCCAAAAGCAAUUAUCCUGCAAGGCUUAUAAAUAUGUGUUAGCUUUUGUGCAUGUGAUAAACUCUGUAGACUUCCACAGAGAUCUGUAGGUCUACUCAGACUGAUAUAUUUAAAUUUUUGCAGGACCGAAGCCCAAAUACUUGCAUAAAAAGAUGUUUCUAGUUCAGGCAUAUGCAGAUUAUUCACCAGUGAGGCAGAAGUGUUUCCUUGGGACUGGUCUGUUGUGAUUAGGUUUAUUAUACCAAGGUAAGAAGGUCUUACAUUAAAUAGCAUCUGAAAGAGUUGUUUUAAGAAAAAAUGUUUUGGUUCACACGUAUUAUUUCCAACAAUUUCAUUUAAGAUUUCAAGAACCCUUAACUGUUCAAGAACCCUAUUUUUAUUUUCUGUGAAUCCUGUGCUUCCUUGUGAAGAUUUAUUACUCCUUAAAGCGUCUUCAGUUAGCUACUUUAAGCCCUAAAAGCAGCCUCGUUCUGAGCUGUGUCUUUUCGUCACUGUGUGACAGAAAAUGAGCUCCAGUGUUGGAGGAAAGGCCUGUGCUUUGAAUCUUGGCUACCAAAUAGAGCAGCUUUUCUGUUCACCUCACAGCUGCUGCUAAUGUUUCAUUCUGCAACUGCUACAGGAUGGGCAAGUAACCAUCCUCGUAUGAGACAAAAAUAUAACUCCAUUAGUCAGCUGGCGUGGGCUGCUGAAGCAGAAAUGCAGGCUGUAUUUUCUCCUGGUGGAGAAAAAUCCAUCACAUCCUAUUAAAGUUGCCAUUAGCCGACUAUGGGGGAAUGUACAUUUCCUGAAUCCGUGAUUGCCUGUUCUCCUUACUUUGAUGGCUGUCUACUUUAAAACUUGUAAUUUAGUCAUAACUAUUAUAAGAUCGUGUUACAUCUCUGGGGUUAAAUCUAUUUGACAUAUAAUCUGUCUGAGAAAAGCCCUUAAGAAAUAACGGUGCUUGACACUAACUGAACCUUAAAUUAUUGUGGCGUGAAUUGGAGGAACUUGUUUCUGAGGGGGUUCGGUGAGCCUUCUGAAAUCUGUGUCACCCUGUUGGACUUGUGCAUUUCUAACAUUUAAACUUUUAAAGUACUUUGUUAUUUUAAUUCUUGGCUGUUAAACGUCAAUUUCAAAGUUUCUUUCAAAUUGUUGUUUUGGGUUUUUGUUGUUGUUGAUGAUGGUGGCUUGUUGUUGUUUUUUAAUGGCUGUCUUCUGUACGUUCAAAAAAGGCUAGUAGCAUCUUUGACAUCCUCUUGCCAGUGGCCAGUGUAGGAUGUAAGUAAGGGAGAGCUGCCACCCCAAAGCUUUUUCACACUAACAUUUGAACCCUUAAGGUUUCAGGAUGUUUAAUCUUCAUAAUCUGCCAUUAUGACAAAGUGCAGAACCAAGAAAAUAAAGGUGCCUUUUUUUCAUUCUUGCUUACCAACAAGAAAAUAAUUUUUCAUGGUUAUUCUGGCAGAAGCACAGUGUUUCAACAAAUGGUUUGCUGUGGUUAGGUUUCCUCUUACUUUAGGGCUAGAUUUUGCUGAAAUCUCUGAGCCACCUGAUUCUUUGUCCUUUUUUUUAUGAACUGCGGACAGAGAGAAAUGUUCAAAUUUCUUAAUUUCCUGAGAGAUAAGUAUUUAACCUUAGCGUACAGAGUGAGUGGUACUAAUAUAACUGUCACAGAUCUGUGCUUGCAGUUUGCAGGUAUAUUAGCACAUGUAAGUUAAAGGCAGAAUAGCGUUCAAUCUGGCCAUGUAAGGCUCAUUUCUUUCUCCACUUUGUGUACAGUGUUAAAGUUGAAAUGGUGCAGUGGCAAAUGGUAGUCAAGUUUCAAUUGUUAUUGUAGCUACCUGCGUUAUAGUAUAGGAAGGUCCUGGGUAUGUAUCAAGCCUGUUGGCAGCUGACUUGUCUUGGUGUUUUGCCUCUUUAGUGCAGGUAAUUGGCAAUGCCUCACGCUGCUUUUGGUUUGCUCACUUCUGCCAGUGAUCAAGGUCUUGUUCUCAGUAAGCAAGCUGAGUGAUAGUGAAGGACUUCAGAAUGUGGUAAUGAACAGUAAAGUCAAAGUAAAAAAAUCACAUUAUUGUGUUAUACAACUAUCAUAUGUACUUAAUAACUCUCAUAGUUUAAUUCAGCUCUUCAUUAAAAUGUAAAACUUAGGCAGUUUCAGCUGAUGGGGCUAUUUUCUGUCAAGUCAGCUUCCAGUAAGUAAUAUUUACUAAAACUUAGUGUGGAAACGCAGACAGUGUUCUGUACUAAUUUACACAAAGUUUUGGUUGCUGAGCUAAAAACUGCUGUAAACUUCAGUUACUGUUCUGUAAAAAUUGAAAAUCAAGUCUCCAUAACAAUCUGUUUCAACUUCUAAGAAAAGGAAAUGAGAAGAUCCUAUUCCAGAGUGUUUGAUCCCAUAACCCUAAUUUUAUGUAAGAGCUAAACACAACUAUGCAUCCAAAGGUUGUGCCCUCAUGAGAUGCUUUCCUGUUCUCGUUGAGCACGGGUAAUGGGAUUUCUCCUGCGUUCUGCGUCUGAGGGUUGUUUUCCUAUUGGAUUUUUGCACUUUAGAGUUCAAUAAAACUUGAAUGUUUUCCCCUUACGAAGGGAAAAUCCACCCUGCCUGUUUCUGGUUAGCCUGCCUCAGCCCAUCAGCAUCCAGGUGGCUGUGGGGGAUUCUUUUCAGCUUUCAACCUUUCUCUUUGUCUUUACUCUCUUGUGAGCAGGAUCAUCUGCUGCAUGUGUUGCUCAUUAAACAGGCACCGGUUUUCAUUUAGUACAGUAAUUUUCCUUACGUCAAAGCCUUCCUGUGUGCUGAGUUAUGCACCCUAGCCUUCAGCUUUUCUCCAACUGCUCUGAGUUGCAUGUAGGCAGCCAGCUUGCUUUGUGUACAGCUGAGAGAGAAAUGUAAACAUUGGUGUGACUAUGUGCGUGGAUAUGGUAAGUGCCUUCCUAUCCUGGAGAGUUCUGGAUGCAAAAUUUUACCUUAGUGAAUUGACAGACUUAAGAAGCUGGUCUGUUCGGAUGCAGAGAUGUGCAUGUACAUGGCUAUCUGUAGGUUCUUUUAUGUGGAUCCGUUUGGCUUGGGCUGCUGGGGAGCUUGUUUUGCCUCGUACAAGUUGAAAGAGAUUGCCAUAUGGUCUGGUAUAGUUCAUGUACACAACUGUGAUCCAGUAGAGGAAAGGCAAACUCCCUGCCCCCCUUCUGCUGUUUCAGAGAGGAACAGACAGGAGGAAGUAGGAGUGAGAACAGAUUUCUGGAUAGAUUGGUAGGCAGCGGGGUGAAUUCUUAGCACUUCCCACCAGAAGUUUAUUCUAAUAGCUUCAUGCUUAACUGUGUAACUGCUGCUCGGGAGGCUGGAGCACAAGGAUCAAGAGCCAAUGCAUAAACAGGCUUGUGGGACUAAUUCCAAAAAUGAAUGGUAAAGGUAUUUGCUUCAUAUUCUGGAGUAAAGCUGAGGUGCUCUCAGCAUCUAGUUUUGUGAAGUUGACUAGUUUUGUGAAGUUGAUCAUGGUUUGGUUUUUUACUUUAUGUUCAACUGAAUGUGAGCACAGGUGGAUAGAUCUGGAGAACGCUGUGGCGGUGUGCUGUCUGAAUGAGAUUUUCCAAAGGCACACACCUGGUGGUGGAAGUGUGUGUAACAGUACAUCCAUAGUGACUGAAAUACGUCAAAUGCUAAAGGAAGGGAAGUGCUAAGAGAAUUUUUUUUUUCCUGGUUUCAGGGCCUUUUAAAGCCAAAGGGUAAUGUUUGUCUAGCUUUUCAAUAAUGUAUAGGAGGAAUAGAUGGAAUUUUAUGUUGAACACUGCUAUUCUAUUGGUGAUCAGUUUCAGACUGAGGAAUUAAAUAAAAGAUAAAGCACUUAAAAAAAAAAAGUGAGGCUUAGAAUUACUAAGUUCAUACAUGGAAUAGAAAACAACUCUUACAAAUUUCCUCUGGCUUAAAGAUGAGUUUAUAUAUAAGCACCAGAAAAGAAAGAAGAAAAUGACUUAGAUAGGUCCUGAAAUAAUUCUUCAAACCUGCAUUUCAAAUGAUGAAACUUUGAUCCUUGUCAUUUUGGGCUGCCUCUGAGAGGCCAAGUUGUGUGUGUGUGUGUUCACCACCACUGCCUUUGCCUUAGAACAGAGGGGCAUGGCUGCAGGUGAUGUGGUGCACUGAUCUGUCAAAGCAAUCUUUCUGGGUUGUUGAAUUUUCUGCUUAGGUUGCACAACCGGCUUGCUUCGCCAUUGCAUAACGGCCUGAGCUAACACAAAGGAAGCAGCAGAGUUGUGCCCCAAGACUGAGGGAGGAGAAAGGGGCAGAUUCAUUGAGGCUGGAGCUAGGUGAGCAGGUUUAGUUGCCUUCCCAUUAUCCCACAAAAUCAAGUAAGUUUUGCUGCAAACCUGCAGGUGCUGAAUCACUGGUAGAACUCCACAUAUGUGACUGUUCAGACAACUCAUGUAAGUAAAAUCUUACAGUUAGGAGCACUCAAAAUGGGAGUUCUGUAUAUCGUUUAGGUGCUCUGCAUAGUAUACUGUACCCAGUCCGUGUAACCAUUCAGUGAAGCAUCACCCUUUAAUUUGCCUCAUGGAGGUGCAUCGUCUGUCUGUGUCAGAAUGCUUGCCUGAGUAUAAUCUGGAAGCUGCUUUUCUUCUGAGUGCCUGUGUACUGGAACCCAGUGUUUAAAGCUUGAAAUUCAUGGGGUUUGUAUUUCCCUGCAUUCUCAACAAAUACUGAAUAACCUUUUGUAAAUAAUGAUCCUUAUUAAAGGAUGAAUAGCUGCAAAACGCGAAGGAUUUUCAUGUAGUUUUUUUCUUCUUUUGAAGAGAGGAGAUUUGUAUUUCCUCUCCUUUAUGUGCUUGGCAUAAUAAUGCAGGAGCACAAACUAAAGCAGUAACAAGUAGCUGUGGUUCAUGGUGCCAGCGCUGCUGUUUAGAAAAUGUGUUGUACCAGUAAAUUAACUUAAAAUGUAAAGAACCUUCAUUUCAAAUUGUUGAUUAGUGCUUCACGUGUUUUAUUUUGUUGUUUUUCUAAAUGAAAAAUGUCUUCUAGCAAAAAAAGCUCAGUUGUCAGAUCAGUUUUUGCAGCUGAUUCUUAAAGGCUGUUUUUCUUUUUUAAAACUUCUUUGGGUGAUAUUUCCUCUAAUAUUGGUGAUUGCAAAAAGCAUCUUUGAGCUGGUGAGUCACUUAAAACAAUUCAUAUUUGUUUGUUAGAUAUUAAACUCUCUUCAUAGUACAGAUUAUUGCUGUAACUCCUUUCCCAAAAAAGAAAAAAAAAUUCUUCAAACUGCAGUAAGACUUAGCAAGUAUUAAUUCAGACUGUGGAAUUUGUACAAUAAUGCUCCAACCUUUCCUAUCACUUCACUUCAAAAUUCUGAAGAGAAUGAAAGCUUUAAUCUGCAGCAAGGCAGUGCUUAAUUUCUCUUACCUAUUUGUCGAAAAUAUUUUGUUAUAGGUGGAUUUAUGAUAAUGAAAUUAACAGCUACGUGUAUGUUUGAUGCACUUAAAAUUGAACCUUAUAUUGUGAUGUAUUUUUUUUAUUGUAUUUCUUGAAAACUGUGGUUUCUUUGCCUCUCGGUUUUCAUCACACUGUGGGAUAAACUUUUUGCAGUGUUAAGAAUGUCCAUUUUCUGUGCUACCAGAAUUAAUCCUCUUGCAUCAUCUGGAAUCAAGAGGACUCCCCCUUGGUAUUCUGUCCAUACAGAAAGGAAACUCGAUCUGUUUUGUUAGCGUGUAAACUGGGUUUUAAUAAAUACAGUGAGGGCCAAAACUUGUGGCAAUAAGAAUUUGUAUAGAGAGAAAAUGUAUGUUUCUGGGAGGAGGGAAAACUGCUCAUAGCUACAUUACAUGUUUGUUGCUCAUUAUUCCAUAUGUGUGAAGCCAGAACAAGGAAACUAUAAGAGUUCAAUUAUGUUGAUACUACAGAAAGAGAUCAAAUGUGCCAAAAAUUGUGACUUUAAUCUUGAAUAUUCACAUUUCAGGUUGUGGCUUAAUCUCAAAGUACAUCUCUAAUGCAGAGAAGCAGAUGAGCAGUGGUUGGACUGUGACUGCUCCAUCUUUUCCUGAUCUGUAUGGGUUUGCAGGAACCAGCUUGGCAGCAGCCGCCAAAGGUGAAGCAGGUUCUGCUGCCUGUGGUCCCACUGCUUGCAACCUGUGCAGCUUGUGUGUUCUGACUUCAGAGUCAUUGUGAUACACUGUGAGAGUGCUUUGAGACCAAAAAUCAGCCUUCUACUGAUGAAGGUUGGCUAGCUGUUCCGGUCUGAAGCGAUCCUUUCUUCUGAAAUUCCUUGGUUCACUUCAGUGUCCUGGUGUUGAUCACUGCCUGGCUGCAGGGGCUCUGGAGAAAGUGCGUGGUGAGCCCAGCUGACCAGGAGGGAGAGGAGUGGAGUGCUGCUGCAGUGGUGCCAAAUGGUGUUACCUUCAUGUGCUCAUGGUAAUAGCAACGCUGGCGCAGGCAGGAAAGGGGCUUCUACCUGCUGGUAGAAGGUAGUGCAGUACUACAGGUAGUUUUUUAUUCCCUCAGCAGUGUUCACUGAAAGACCAUCUGAAGUGAGGCUGUAGAAGGUGGCUACAGGAAACACAGCAAUCUGGCAGCUGUCAUUUUCAUCUGUCUGUUUAUUGGCUAUAUUAAUGCAUUUUAACCUUUCUUUCAAUUGCAUCAUGAUCCUUAGGGAUUUCCCACCUGCGUUAUUUAUAAUGAUUAACCUGAUGCAAUCCUGGAUUGUAAUAGGACAGCUUGUAGUUGCUGGAAAGGAUUUAAUUCAUAUACAGUUAGAAACUUAAAACUUCAGUGUUUUACCUUUUUUUACUUCUUCUGGAAUCAGUUUAUAUUGGAAGCAACUUAAACCAAUUUUUACUGGUUGAGAUCUUGCUACAAAUUUUAUAUGUAUGUUUAUAUCAGUAUAUUAUAGAAAGCCAUUACAUAAGAAGUACUUGCUUAACAACACUAUGCAUUGUGAUUAUGCACCAAAGAAAGGCAUCCAGGUUUUCUUCCUGUCUCUCCUUGUAUAGAAAAAUAGGAUUCUGUUUGUUACUUUGUUUUUUUUUUUUUAUUUACUUGGUAGGGAAGAACUUAUGCAAGCAGCAUUUCCUCCCCCAGCCCUGUUAGCUUCAUGUAGCUGACUUUUGAAAGAUCUAUUACUUCAUUUUUUGUUACUUGAGUUCUGGCAUUUUUAGCUCCCCUUUCUUCCCCUUAAAUAACUCUUAGGCAAUCUUUUCUUUUUUGCGCUUCCUAAAGAAACAACUGUGUCAGCUGUUUUUCUUUAAACAUCAACUUUUCGUGUGGAAUAGUCAAUACUGGUUUGUUUUCUUGGUUUUUUUUUUCUUUUGUUUUGUUUUUUACAAAGUCUUUUGUGAUAAUGCCUCAAUCAGAUGGUUGCGCCAAGUACCAGUCACACAGCGCUUCCCAGUUGAUGUAUGGAUGAGGAAAACAAGUAGUAGCUGCUUUACUCAUGGAUGGUUAAAGGAUUGAAUUGAUGGAUCUAGAAGCCUUAAAAACUAACCAGCAUUCUUGAUUUUUCUGUCAAGUCAGUAAGAUUACAAAAUAAUUCUAAACAAGUCUAUAGGAACACUUGGGAGAAUGGAUGAAAAUUACAGCUGAGUGAGUUCUGUCUAGGACUUAUUGUAUGAUUAGGGAAUAUUCUUUCAUCUCUUCAAACACAGUAACUUUUUUAUGUUAGUGCAACCUGAUUCAAGAAACAGACCUCUCAGAAAGUUAUAUAUCCGGCAUGAAAAGCGCGUGCGAGGUGAAUUCAUUCCUGGUCUCGGAUAGUGAACAAAGUCUAGAGAACUGUCAGAUUAAUUUCUGUGAUGCGCCCGCUCCUUUAGGCUUAAAUUGCUAAGUGGGGAACACUUCUAGCUAAAAAAUCAGAGAUGAUUUGUUAGCAUCACUAAAGACGUUACUUGUAAUGUGCUAUUGGUCUUUUGACCUCAUUUUUUUUCAGGAUGCUUAACAAAAUGCUGAUUGCUUUUCUUUAGCUAGCAAAGCAGUUAAUAACUUCUGUCUUACUGGGUUUAUACAGACAGUCUCUUUGCAAAUGAAAGUACUCAUUCAGUUGUUACUUUAUAAUGAGGGAAAAUUAUUUGUAAUCCAUAAUGUUUUCCUGCUACACUGCAUGCUUGGGGUAUAAGUAGAGAAGGUCCUUCUCUUGCUAGAAGAGCAGAAGUCCAUACCAAAAUAUGGGUAUGAAUUAGAUCAGUGGUGGGCCAAACUUAAAUUCCUGUUUCUUGAGGUUGAGCUUCGUCUUCUACACGUUUGUCUGUUCAGACAGUUUAUUUUCUCUUUAUAUUUAUUGAAAACAUAUUUUCUUUUUCUGUCUCUCUAAGCAGGGGUCUUGGAUUUUCUGUUUGCAUUUCAUUAGAUAUGCAGUGAGGAUUCACUGUUAGCAGUCCUGUUAAAUACUAAACCACACCUAUUUGUGGAAUGGGAAUAUAUAUCUCGCUACAUUGACAUUAGAAAAUUUUUCAGUUUUAUACUUCAUAUUUUACAAAUUGUUUUACUAUGCUGUGUUUUGUGUAACGAAAAUGGCAUAUAGUUGUGCUUGAAACAGUUUCAGAGGGGAUUGCAAUCUGUAUUGUCCAGUGAGACUGUGCAGCACAAGUCUCAGAGCUGCACAAAAAACAUAAUUUUCCUGGUGUGACAUUUUUCUCUCUUAAAUGUACUGAAGCAGGAGGACUUUUUCUGUGCUCUUCCUUGGAUUCUGCUGCCUCAAAUAGUUUUGAGCUUGCAUUAUGUCACGUUGCAGUUGUCUCCUCUUAUACUCUGAUCAGAUCAUACGUUUUGUGCAGUUUGCCUUAACUAUCCCCAGAACCUUUCCCACAGCCUAAGGUGAGGUGUCCCACCCCAGGCCCAUGUCUUCCAAUGGCAUUAAUGGUUUUGAAAUGUCGAAAGAGGAAGUAUCAAAAUGUUGUCCCUGCUCUAGAUCAUCUCAUGAUCUCAGAGGUAUAACAGAGAUGUAACUUUGCUUUGGUUUUCUUUAGGACUUUGUUGCCAGAACAAGGACAGUCUAGCUCAUGGACCCCUUUCCAGGUGCAGAGUAGACCUUAAGAGAGUCAGUGAUUAUAACAGGAAUUCUCAUGACUAGCUAUGAUUUUUGAAGUGUGAAUGUGUUCUUAUUUUGAUCUGAUCUAUUUUCAGGGGAAAAUGCAUGUACAACUUGUGUUCUUUUUCUUGGGCAAUUGUUUACAAGCUUUUAAGCUUCUGGAACAGCAACAAAUAAUACAACUUAAAUAGUCUUCAUUUUGAAGUGAGAGGCCUUUCAGUGUUACUGUGCUACAUGUUGUGUUCUUUCAUGAACCAAGUAUUCAUUACAUACUGCUUUUUGUAGAAAAUCAUGAACGCUGUUAAUUUAGCAGCAGUUGGAGUUGGGAAUGCAGUUACAGAAGGAUUAGUUAGAUUUUGUUGUUGUUAUUUUGUUGCUCUAUUAACAUUCCGAUGGUCUCUGACCUUAGGACUUCUGAAUCAUUUCAGUGCUUGAGACUACUGGCCAGGAUUCUAAUAAUUACUGAGAUUAUCAUACAGAUCACGCAGUUACGUAUUGGAUUAUCAAACUGAUCAUACAGUUAAAUAUUCACUCUCAAAGUUGCUUCUGAAGUAUUGCAGAUAUAAAGGGCAUGUUGUUAAAACAUUUUCUAUAAUCUUGUUAAUCUCGUUUCCUCUCCUUUGAUGGAUUACUGUAGCAGAAUUCUUUGCAUUUGUCUUUCGCUUGUCUGUCUCAGUUUAUUUCCUCUCUCCCAAAGAUACAAGGUUUGUAAAAAGUACAAAAAGACUGAUUCAAACCACAGAGUGUGGUGCUGCAUAGCAAGGGAGUGGUAGCUUCCUUUCAGUCGCUGAACGAAACCUCUUAAAAUAGAGCUGUAAGUUCACAAGUUACCACGCUUAAAGCUGGUUCACAUUUUUGUAUUUACUCUGAUUUUUCAUGCUAUUUGUUAAACAUUUUGUAGUUUUGCUUAUAGUCUUUGUUUUGUUAGUGUGGACAUUUUUGAUUUGUCCUCUUACGUUUGUUUGAAACAUACUUUUGGAAGCUGUUUUUUUCCUUUGUCACCUUAUGUUUAAAAAACAAAAGCAGUUUAGCAUUAGGGAUUUCUGGCAUGGUAAAUUGUGUUCCAGGACCGUUUUCCUGUGGACAGGUUAAAGUCCUUGAAAAGGCCAUCUCAGUGCAAAUGUUGAGACAAGCUUGUGAUUUAACAAUAUCAGCUACAGUUUUCCUUCACGUGGUUUAAAAAUACUUAGCGAUGUCAAAACUCAGCAAGACAGUAAAAGGAAGAAUUUUACUUUUUGUGUGGUGAUGCUUUAUUUGGUUUUAGACCUUGGUCCUUUUCUCUUGAGUGGAAAUGCGUGUCAGGAAUGAUGUAGGCCUUUUACCAACUUGUUCUAAUGUCACAAGAUUUAAAUUUAAAUUUUGUGGUUGCCUACCUACUAUGAAGUGUUGCUUGAGGUGAGUCAACUGAGUGGGACUGAUGUUUUUUCUUCCCUAAAUAUUUUGUCAAAAGAUAAGCAUAGCAGCUCACCAACUAAACUUUAUAGGUAGGUCACUCCGAAAGUAAUGCCUCCUAUUUAUUUCCAUGGAAAUGACAACAUACAAAGAACACAGUUAUGCUAUAUGAAAAAGCAAAUUCUCAGCUAUAAAACACUGUUUUUCAACAUAGUCACUUUUUGCAGUGUCACAAUUGCUGAAUUAGUUUGUUACAGGUGGUCACUGUCCCAAAGAGUGCAUAGUCCAGGAUAAACUGAAAUAAUUUCUGAUAAAAUUAACAUAAAAUACAACACAGUAUUUCCUAGCGUGUUUAUAAAAGUAUAGCAGGGUCUGGUUUGUACUUUUGCAGAACAAGUAUCUCAUUGUUAAGUGGCAAAUAAUAACUUUUCAGAUAUUUGUGGAGCAUUAUUAUUAAAUGCAAGAAACAUACGUGUAUAGGUGCUUGUUUGAAAAUAAUAUAUGUGCAGUACAGACUGUUAUAUCUUUUCAGGGUAGCUGAAGCUGUUCAUAAGAAAUCUUCUUAUGGUCUUAUUUUAGUGUACGAGUUACCUUCAUCUUUUGCUGGUCAAGAACAGGAUUACAGAAUGACUGUUGAUUAAUACGUUCAUAUCCUGUUAAUUGGGACUUUAAGGUCCUGUCUCCUCAAUCUUGAUUGCUAGAUGACUAAUAGCUCUGACUAUGAGCAUGGUCUAAUUGUAUAUCUGAGUGAUGCUUUGUACGUAAAAAUGGAGAAAAGGGUCCUGAGAGAGGAUUCUGACUUUUCAGAGACAAACUGUUAGCUGAAAAACUUUAUUUAGAUUAUUACCAACUAUAGGAAGCAUUGCUAUUCCAGGGAAAGUAAAAGGCAGAAUUUAAUCUGUACUCCUUAUUUAAACAAACAGAACAACAACAAAAACACCACUUUACCUGGAUGGAUGUUGUCUGGUAGCAGUUAAUGAAACUACAAGGCUGUCUUUGUUUCUAUGGAAUCCAUCUCAGGAUGCAAAGUUGCCCGAAGUUUGCUGAAGUGCUGAAGCUUCUUCCAUCAUUUCUUUAGACAUUUUGUUUGUAUUUUUUUUCCUAUGGGCUUUUUCAUCUCAAUCUACAUGUUUCCAUGGAAAGCAAGUUCAAUUAAUACAUGGCCUUGGUACCAGCAGCUUGAUUGGUAUGUGAUAAGAAAGAAGUAGUGAUUCUAUCGAUACUGAAGUAAUUGGCAGUUCUGUGCUAUAAAUACAAUAAGGAGAUUCUUCAGGAUCUUCAGAAAUUCCUUGAUUAAGGAGGUGGAAGAAAUGAGAAUGUGUAGAGAGAGGAGAAGCAGGACUGGGUUGAAGAGGGUAGAUAUUUCUGGCUGUCAGCUUGUAAAAAGAAGGUGAAUUUAGGCUUUUCUGGAAGGAGCCAGUUAAGCUUGAAAAAGCAAGUUACUGAAUUGGGUGGAAUUUGGCCCAAGAAUCCCUGGUAUCAACAUUCCUCUAUUGUUCAGCAAGCAGCUAUGGAAGUCCCGUUCAUUUCUGACUCCUCAAAGGGGAACUAAUAACUGUAUCUGUCUGCUGCUUCUCUUAGUUCUGCUCCCUGUGUCGAAAGCAUGUUGACCCAUCUUUGAAUGUUACAUUGGCGAUUUUUAACUUUGGGGAAGUUUUCUUUACUUGCUUGUAUAUUUGAUAUCAGAUGUAAUCUUCUAAGUAAUGUGCCUUGAUCACACGGUGUUACAAAAGCCAUACCAUUACCAAAACUUAAUUCUACAGAAAACAUUUUCUUUGAAAGAGUUGGAACCCAAGUAUAUGAUCUCCUUUGGUAUACUUACAUUACUUCAUAUAACUGAUCUUCACAAAUGACAUACAUAGUUACAGAAACUGCCUACCAUUAUUCACAGAAGCAUUGAAUUUAUACUUGGUCGUUUUCAUGGUUUUCAGCUUGCUAAACGGCUUCUUAGUUCACGUGCGUCUGGGUUUUAUAGAAGUUCCUGCAGCAGUAGCCAUUUUUCUUUGCAGCUUCACUAAUUUUACACUGUUAAAAGUCUUAAGUUUUCUGUAUUCAAAUGGGAAUGUGAUUCUAUAGUUUCAAUUUUUUUUUUUCUCAUGUUGUGUUUAAGAGAAGGCAUAAUAGCAACAAUAUACUGUUUUGACAGUUUCCCUUUUUGGACACUUUUUCUAUUUGUCUCGUUUUCAAAUUUGAGUUGUAUAUGUGUUGUCAAACACCUUGUUUUUCAAGUUGUAGGAUCUCUCAUGCUAAACAAUCAUUGUGUGGUUUGGGUUUUUUUUGUAUUUUUUGCAUAACUCAGUCAGUUAGCAGUUAUUCCCUUCUUAGGUGGUAGUUUCCAAUGUACCCUUUUAUUUCUUUCAUGUUGGGUUCAGGCUAGUUUGCUCAGUAAUUUGUGUUUCUGUAGGAAUGAUUUUGCUCAAGCAGGAAUAUCCAAUUCACUUUAUUUAAAUGCAAAAUCCAAAGUAUUAUGGGAACCCAGCUUUUCAUUUCUUAGUCAGUGUGAGCACUAAAUGUCUCCUAAAUGCACCAGCAUUGGUCUAAUAGAUCCUCCUGAAAAUCCAUGUCUUUUCUUUUUAAAAUCUUAACAGAAAUGCAUUUCUUAGUCACUGCAGCUAUGCAUGAUUGCUGUAACUUCUGUCCUUAUAGCAUACCUUUUAACUCUCAAUGUAAAGGAGAAAAAUCAAGAAAACAUUGCCUUCUGUCAGCGUGACAGCUUGGUGCAUAUUCUGAUUUGCUGUUAGAAUUGUGAAAGGAUAAAGGUAACACUCAUGCCAGACAAAGUCUCUUAUAUAGUUAAAGCAAAAAAAAAAAAAAUACAUAUAUGCACAACCAUUUCUUUUACAUGCAAAAUGAUAGGAUAUGCUGUCAUUUAUUUUGUUGAUGUAAAUUGUCUUGUUUAGUACUAUAUUUGCAUCUCCUAUUGUAGACGUGUCAUUAGUGUUUUAUGCUGGUGGCAGUCAUUCUCUAAACUUUCAGUAAGAAAGGUUCUUCAGCAGGUUACCUUACUUAUUUUCUUCUAAAUUGAGUCAGUACUCAACAAAUGUUAUCUGCAAGUCAAAUAGACUUUAGCUCAGUGGUUUGGUAUUACCUUUUGGUAUCCUGGGCAUGCACGUACUCAUAAACACUUCUGAAGUAGGGAAUUGUAAAAUUAUCUGCUAAGCUGUUUGGAUAAUGAGAGCCAUAAAAAGCCAAGUGUGGUUCAUGUAUGUUCUUUGGGUGAGGCUACAAACACACGGGUGUAUUGCACCAGAAGUUGGAGGGGUUAAAGUACGUGUGUAAAGUGUUAGUUAAAGGUAAGGAGCCUUGAUCCAUGACAAGCUCGCACUGAGAUCAGCCUGGAGCUGUUACUUGUGUGCCAGUGAUGACAGUGUAUUUUCUUAGCAGAAUGUGUCAGGAGUUUUCAGAAUUGAAAAUGCCUUUUUUGAACCUUGUCAGAAGUCUUUAUCUUGUAGUUGUGUGCAGUGACAACUCUUACUUCAAACUAAUGUGAAUUCUCAUAAAUUAAAGCAAAUUAGUUAAAAUUUUGUAGCAGUUUUUUUUUAAAUGGUUGCUCUUUGAAAUACUACAUUAAAUAGAAGAACCAUGGAAUGGUUGAGAAUAGAAGGCACCUCUGGGUCCAUCUGGUCCAACUCUUGCUCUAACAGCUUUCAGAGGUCUCCAAGGAAGAUGCUCGACAGCCUCUGGGCAGCCUGUGUCAGUGCUCAGUCAUCUGCAGUUAUUUGUGUUUCUUCUUGGUUUAUUGUUGCAUGAUGUUGUGAUAUGGGAUACUGAUAAAACCAGGACGUUUAUUUAUGUAGCCUUUCACUAGCCUCCUUCCAGCAGCUCCAUGCCUCUCUUGCACUGGAGAGCCCCAGUGGGCCCAGCACUCCACGUGAGGCCUCCUCAGGGCAGACAGGCAAGGUUGUAUCCCGUGGCCUGCUGGCAGCGCUGCUCCAGAGCACCACUGCCCUUCUUGGCAACAAGGGCACAUUGUUGGCUCAUGUACUGUCCAGCUGGAUACCCAGGUCAUUUUCUACAAAGCUGCUUUCCAGUUUUGAAAGAAACCAGAAUACAAAUAUUAUUUCUUAAGCUAGGAGGAUUGAUUUCUUAUUUAGUUCAGUUUUCUAACUUAGAGAACCAGGUGUUUUUUUUUGUUGGUUUUUUUUAAUAAAGAUUGUAGUAGUUUUAAGGUACUGGAAAACAAUUUGCACAUGCACUUCGGUUGUCUGUGCAAACAUUUUUUGAGGUCACUAUUAUUUUUCAGUCCUACAGUAAGUGCAAUGUAAAAGAUGUGUAAUGUUUAGUAUGAAUCAACAGUAUACAAAUCUUUUCCUAGAAAUUGGGUUAAAAUAGAAUGCAACAAGAUAACUGAUUUAUUUAUUUACUUAUUGCUUCUUCUACAUCUCUUCCUCUUUUUCUCUAGGAAAAAUGUUUUGGUUGAAAAUGCUUAGCCUUUGGUUUCUUGGUUCCUUAAUGGAAGAAAGGGUAAACAUUGUAAUAAUAAUACUUUGAUAUCUUUAAUUGGCUUGAUAUUACAAAGAAGAAAUACCUAAAACUAAGAGAAUCCCUUUUAAAGGAAGGGGGCAGAGAGGGGGGAAAAAAUCCACCCCCUCUGCCCUAAAGGGAUUAUUCAUUAAUUGCUAGGCUGAAGAUCUCUCUGCCAGUGAGGGUCGGGGGAGUGCUUCCCAGCCUGGAACAGCAGUUUGUUCAUUCAGGUCAGAAGUUACUUUUGCCCCAGGAGCAUUACAACAAUAUAGAUUUUUGGGGAGAGAGGAGUGCCUUUAAUGCCUGUGGUCAGAUUUUAAUGCUGUGUGUUCUUAAAGUGAACAUGAGUGAAGGCUGUGGACCACCACAGUGGUACCCAGCAGCAAUUCAGAAUUAUGAGAAUAGGACUUAUCUAUCGAACAGUAGUGUGCCUUAGGUAAGGAGGUAACAGUAUGGUAUUCUUAAGUGAUUACAGUAACUUAUAAAUUGUGAUGAGCUGGGAUGGGGGUUGGAAUUACCUUCAGCAUGAUUUUUUCCCUGAGUAACUAAGUACCACUAGAGAGUACAGCAUCUCUGUUCUUAGGAAGCUCUUCUGAGCAAAAUGCUGUUUUGCCUUUCCCAUAAACCUUGCUCUGACUUAAAUUUCCAGUGGCCACAACCAAAAUCAGAGGCUCUCAGGAAACCUUGCAUGUAAUACAGUAGGUUUAGGCCUGCUGUUGCAAUGCUUCCCCUCCAACUGCUUGUGGUGGCCCUCUGAAAAGUUUCAUCAGAGCAGUGUUCAACUAAUUUCUGGUUUUGGUUGGUCUUCUUUUGGCGAGCUGCUCUAUCAGCAAUAUCUGAACAUGCAAGAGCAGGUAAAUGUAUCAGGCUGUAGGGUUUUUAAAAUACUGUAGGGAUGGUGCAGGAAAAUACUGGAGUUUUGUUUGCCCUCUUUCCCAUGGCUAAACCACCACAGCCUUUCAGCAAUUAGUGCUAGGUGUUCGCAGUUGUAGACAGGGCUCUCAGAUAGAGGGACAUAGGAGAGCUGGCUGGUUUCAGUAGCACCGAUGCUGUGAUAGGCAGCUCUGUUUUGCAGAGGUUUCUGGAAGUUGAAAUCCCUUUGAGUCCUGCUGCUGCUCUACCAGCUUGUAUUGUUACUAAAGAUGGCCAUCGUUAACAGUUGUCAGUCUUUUUUUGUUUUGGUUUGGUUUUUUUAAUGAAAAAUAAAGCAAUUUCUUGGCUUUGGCAUUGUAAUAAAUUUAUCUAGUUAACUUAUAAGGUACUUUCAUUUUUUUUUUUUUCCUCAUUUACUCUAAGUGAAGUUCUGUGGCUAACUCUAGAUGAUGUUUACCUGAACUCUUUACUGAGUAGCUUUAGUAGUUCUACUGGUAUAUAAAACUGAGCUCUAAUAUCCAGAUUGUCAAUGAAGUUUACAGAAUGAAUAACUUGUAAGCUGAAUUUGUAGCUCUCUUGAAGAGAGAACAGUGGAAAUACAGUGUAGGUUUAACUGGUUAGUGCAUCCUGUUUGCUAUGAUUCCACAGGAAGGUCUGGGCACCCUCUGCUCUUCAAAAGAGGCUCACGUGAGACAAAUAAGAGACAAAUGAUUAUUUGUAUCUUAAGUAUAUGGUUGUCAUCUGAAAUUAUCACUGAGUUAAGUAUAGGUACAGAGACCAAUGAAUGAUUUAGAUAUCAGUAAUACUAUUAAGCAUCAAGGGAUAACCAUUUUUAUUUUCAGACAUUAGAUCUGAUGGAUGCAUGCAAUGAAGGAUUGGGGUUUUUUUUUGUCUGCUAUGUGGGAGAAGUAACUUAAGGAUACUGGUAUAGAAAUGGUGAGAAAUGUUGAGUGAAGUGUCACUUUAACUAUAAGUUUAAGAGGAGGAGGUUAGUUUUAGUUUUUUCUUUGUUGGGGGGUGAAGAAAGUCUCUGUAAACUUAACUUGCCUGUAGGCUAAAAUUGGAUGGUCUUGUUUUUUUUCCUCCGUUCUGCAAACCUUUAUGUAUUUAGGCUUUAGAUGCUUGCAGCAAAUUUCUUUAUAUAAAUAUACACACACGUGUAUAUGAAUCAUACGUAUGAAUCAUAUAUGUCUUCGAACGUAAUGUAUUAAUUAUAGGAAAAAAGCCUAUUUUCCAUUGUUCUGGGACAUUUCAGGAAAUUAGACUCUUUUUGUUUUAAAUACAAGUUUGGUAAUGGUUGUAUCUCAAGUAUUUCUGUACAGAAGGAAUAGCUUUGUCGCCUUUUAAUAUUUCCUAUUUAGUCCGUAUUGGCAUAAGUACUCUAACUAUAGAUCAGAAAUACAUUGCAAAAGAUACCGUGGAGCUUAUUUUUCUUGAAGUGCUGGGAUACUCAUUCAUGCAGUAAACCAUAUUUAGAAUGUAGGAUAGAAUCAUAUUUCUUCCUUGACGAAAAAAUGCAGUUUUACAACACAUGUAGCAUCAAAUUCAUGCUCAAAACUAAAAUGUGUGAUUUAAUUAAAAAUAAGUAAAAUGUGAGGGAGAAGGUUACAGGCUGUUUUUUCUGAGACUCUGGAAAAGAAAUCUGGAUGGAAAGAAGCAAUAGCUGUUUAUUUUAUGAAAAUACUACAGGAUGAAAAUGGUCAUUAGAUUGUAAAAUUCGAGUAACUUUCCAUACACUGCAAGUACAGGCGAGAACCAGCUAAUGGAUACUAGAAACAUUAGAUUUUAAGUAGCCAUAACCAAUUUUACUGUCAAACCCCACAUGUGUUCUGUCUUACCCCCUCCAAAGGAGGGCUGCUGUACAUGGGAGGGAGGGAGGGAGCAGUAUUUCUGGCCAGAAGCCUGUUCUUGUUUGGAUUUCAGUGGCAGAAGGCCUGACCUCUUUCUGCUUUCUUGUUCUCUUUUCAGUGUGAUUUCAUGGUGAAUGACUCGCUUCAUGAUUAGUCUAAAAUAAGUCAGGAGUUGAUUCAUACUCUUAUCCUGCCCCCGGCCCUCUAGCUAGAUCACUGACUGCAAAGUUUCUAGAAGAAUAUAAAUGUUGACUCUGAGGAAGUAUGUUGUCUGAUUGUUUCUUUACAAGGAACCACAUGUAAGCUCCAAGUAAAAGUGCAAACUCCUGAAGUAGCCCUAAAGAGAACGUGAAACUAGACAGGAAUGUUUGAGAGUCUUUUUAGAAUGGUUUCUUCUAGGUAGCAGUUAUGGAAGCGCUCAGCCUCCGGAAUGUGAAUUACUUGGUUGUGGGUUUGUUGAGUAAUAGUUAUGCACGAGUGCGAGCUGUGGUGAUGACCCGAGAUGACUCAAGUGGUGGAUGGUUACCACUUGGAGGGGGUGGACUAAGCUGUGUCACAGUCUUCAAAGUCAUUCCCCAGGAAGAGAAUAGCUGUGCUGAUUUUCUUAUCCAUGGAGAACGACUCAGGGAUAAAACGGUGGUCUUGGAAUGCACAUUAAAGAAGGACCUCGUUUACAACAAAGUUACUCCAACUUUUUACCACUGGAAGAUUGAUGACAAAAAGUUUGGCCUCACAUUUCAGAGUCCUGCUGAUGCAAGAGCGUUUGACAGAGGUAUUCGGAGAGCAGUGGAGGAUAUUUCUCAAGGCUGUCCACCCUCUCAAAAUGAUGUUGAAGUGGCAGAAGACUGCUUUCAAAGUACUCAAGAAAAUACAUCAGGUUCAUUAAUGAAAGAUCAGCUUUUCCAACACGAAACCGUAGUAACCAGUGAACCUUACAGUACUUCAAAUGUAAGGCCUUCAGCACUUGAGGAUUUCAACACCAGGAGAGCCUGUUUUCCUAGCCAACCUAGCCAGGUCCCAUUGAAGCCGAUCAGACACGUUAGCUUUCAGGAUGAAGAUGAAAUCGUUAGAAUAAACCCUCGUGAUAUUUUGAUACGUCGUUAUGCAGACUACAGGCAUCCUGACAUGUGGAAGAACGACCUGGAGAGGGAUGACGCAGACUCAAAUAUACCAUUUUCUAAAUCAGACAGUAAAAAAUCUGACUAUUUAUACCCGUGUGGGGAUGGAACUAAGUUGAAUUCCCUGAAAGACUCAAAGAGUUCUGUGGUAUUUAAAACUCAGCCUUCCUCAUCAAAAUUUAAAAACUCAAAAAGAAGAAAAGAGGAUGGUGAGCGUUCCCGCUGUAUAUACUGCCAGGAAAGGUUUAAUCAUGAAGAUAACGGCAGAGGAAAAUGUCAAGAUGCUCCAGAUCCUAUUAAAAGAUGUAUCUACCAAGUUAGUUGCAUGCUUUGCGCAGAGAGCAUGCUGUAUCACUGCAUGUCAGACUCGGAAGGAGACUUUUCUGAUCCUUGCUCGUGUGACACUAGCGAUGACAAGUUCUGCUUACGCUGGUUAGCACUGGUAGCGCUGUCGUUCAUUGCUCCGUGUAUGUGCUGCUACCUCCCCUUGAGAGCAUGCCAUCACUGCGGUGAGGCGUGUGGGUGCUGUGGAGGGAAGCAUAAAGCUGCAGGAUGAAUCAGUCUUGUGCCAAACAGAGCUGAAAAUCUUUGUUUCCAGGAAGCAUCUAACUUGGAUUUGUGGAAGCUUUUUGGCGAGCCGAAGGGAAUCUUCUUUCACGUAAGAGAUGCUGGAUGUGGAAGAAGCAACAAGACUUGUCAGACCUUGGCAUUUUACAAGUGCUAGCCACGCCUAACUGUUUCCUUUGAGCGCGUGGCGUUUGUUGCGAGUUGUGAAGGAGAUUUUGCAAAGGAAAGCCUGUUCUUAUUAUUGGCUAUAAAAUGAGUAUAUAAACUAUGAUUAUACUAAAAGGGAUUAACUUUUGCCACUUUGUACAUUCAUGGUUUAGGUGAGGGGGCUCUUUUAAAAGGAUUAAAACUUACCUGAGGGGAAAUUUUAACUAAAAGUGCACUAGUGACAGUUGAUUUAAGAUUAAGAAAAGUUAAUACUCGGCAAAUGAGAAAUGAAACUGAUUUUAAGUGCAACUAAAUCACUUAUUAAUAGUUUUUUGGAAGCGACUUUAUGUAUAAAUAACAAAUGUUUAUAUUUAACUAAAUGUGUAAGGUACGAAUUAUUACAUGUUAAACUUCCCUUCCCUCUGGUCUAGUAGGUAUGGACCAUAUCUACUGUCACAUUCCAUUGUAGUACUUUAAAUAUUUAAUUAGUUAAUUUAGUUGCAUUUUUAUUCCAGAUGGACAAAUUGAUAUUUUCAGUCCUGUUUCCCUUCAGCUACAGUUUGUGUUGAGUUGUAUCCAUACAUUCUGAUAAUCUAAAAACUUUUAAAAUAUUAAUUAUUCUAGUCUUGAGUGACCAAUAUUUUUUUGUUAAGCACAGAUGUAAUUGUCUAAAAUGUUCUUGUUAGAACAUAACAUUUAUUUUUAUAUAUAAAUGACUUUGAUUUCAACAUAAUAGCAAAAAGGAAGUUGUUUUUGUUGCUCAACCAGCAAGUUGUUUUCUUUUGGGGCGUCCUCCAAAAAUACUUUAUUACGUAUACAGAUGUUCAUUAAGCAAAAGGUACAUUAAGGCAGUUGUAACGAGUUGUCAUCAGUGUUCUUGUUUAUCUUUCUGUUAAACUAGGAUCCUGUUCAACUGUUUAUCGAGUACUAUGAUUAAAACAAAAGAUUAAUAACAAAA